GGCCGCUGGCAGCGGUGAAGGCGGCGUGCGGCGGGCAUCCAGGGAAGAAAAUAUCUGUGAGUCACGGUGGGUGAUACGUACUCCAAAAUGUCAGCUCAAUGUUUAAUGAAACUCAGAAAGCUAAUAGAACAUUAGGAAUUACCAGAUAUCCCUGAUUUGCAGAAGGCAUCUCAAAAUGUUGUGUCGAGCUGCUCUGAGCCCUCUUGUCCGUUCCCCUGGAUGGUGCUUUGUGUUAUCGCCACAUGCCAUCACAGCCAUUUCCCGUUUGUAUCUCCCUCACCAUACCCUGAAAUUAAGAAAUGAAUCCGUCCGUUGUUGGAGCAACAUCCCAUUUAUCACCAUGCCCCUUAGCCGUGCACAUGGCAAAUCAUUUGCACACCGCAGUGAGCUGAAACAUGCAAAGCGGAUUGUAGUGAAGCUGGGCAGUGCUGUUGUGACCCGAGGAGAUGAAUGUGGCUUGGCUCUUGGGAGGCUGGCCUCUAUUGUGGAGCAGGUGUCAAUGCUGCAGAAUCAGGGCCGAGAGAUGAUGAUUGUCACCAGUGGAGCUGUUGCUUUUGGAAAACAGCGAUUGCGUCAUGAGAUCUUGCUUUCUCAGAGUGUGAGGCAAGCACUUCAUUCAGGCCAGAACCAGCUAAACGAUAUGGCUAUUCCAGUCUUGGAGGCCCGAGCCUGUGCAGCAGCUGGUCAGAGUGGACUCAUGGCUCUGUAUGAGGCCAUGUUUACACAGUACAGCAUCUGUGCAGCUCAAAUUUUAGUCACCAACUUGGAUUUCCAUGAUGAACAGAAGCGUCGGAACUUGAACGGAACAUUGCAUGAACUUUUAAGAAUGAAUAUUGUCCCUAUAAUUAACACUAACGAUGCUGUUGUUCCACCUCCAGAGCCAAAUAGUGAUCUGCAGGGGGUAAAUGUGAUCAGUGUGAAGGAUAAUGAUAGUCUGGCAGCACGACUGGCUGUGGAAAUGAAGACUGAUCUCCUGAUUGUUCUCUCGGAUGUAGAAGGACUCUUUGACAGCCCUCCAGGAUCUGACGAUGCAAAGCUCAUUGACAUAUUCUACCCAGGAGACCAGCAGUCUGUGACAUUUGGAACCAAAUCCCGAGUAGGAAUGGGAGGCAUGGAAGCCAAGGUGAAAGCAGCUCUGUGGGCCCUCCAAGGAGGCACUUCUGUAGUUAUUGCAAACGGAACCCACCCAAAGAUCUCGGGUCACGUCAUCACAGAUAUUGUGGAUGGGAAAAAAGUUGGCACAUUUUUUUCAGAAGUAAAACCUGCAGGCCCUACAGUGGAGCAGCAGGGUGAAAUGGCUCGAGCUGGUGGCAGGACAUUGGCAGCUCUGCAGCCUGAACAGAGAGCAGAGAUUAUCUGUCGUCUUGCCGACUUACUAACCGAUCAGAGAGAAGAAAUUCUCUUGGCAAACAAAAAGGACUUAGAAGAGGCUGAAAAUAAAGGAAGAUUGGCACUUCCUUUGUUGAAACGAUUGAGUCUAUCUACAUCAAAGUUGAACAGCUUGGCUAUUGGGCUGCGUCAGAUUGCAGCAUCCUCACAGGACAGUGUUGGCCGUGUAAUUCGGAGAACACGAAUAGCAAAAGACCUAGAGUUGGAGCAGGUGACUGUGCCUAUUGGGGUCCUUCUUGUGAUCUUUGAAUCUCGUCCUGACUGUCUUCCACAGGUGUCUGCUUUGGCUAUAGCCAGUGGAAAUGGCUUACUGCUUAAAGGAGGGAAAGAGGCUGCAUAUAGCAAUCAAAUCCUUCAUCAUCUGACACAAGAAGCACUAUCCAUUCAUGGAGUCAAAGAUGCGGUGCAACUAGUGAACACAAGAGAAGAAGUAGAAGAUCUCUGCCGCUUGGAUAAACUGAUAGACCUAAUCAUUCCACGUGGCUCAUCCCAGCUAGUCAGGGAUAUCCAGAAAGCAGCUAAGGGAAUCCCAGUGAUGGGACACAGCGAAGGGAUCUGCCAUGUGUAUGUGGACACAGAUGCCAGCGUUGAGAAGGUCACAAGAAUAAUCAGAGACUCAAAGUGUGAAUAUCCUGCUGCCUGUAAUGCUCUGGAAACUCUCUUAAUUCAUCGAGACUUGCUGAGAACUCCAUUGUUUGAUCAGAUCAUAGACAUGUUGAGAGUAGAACAGGUGAAGAUUCAUGCUGGCCCAAAGUUUGCCUCUUACUUGACAUUCAGCCCCUCAGAAGUGAAAUCUCUCCGCACCGAGUAUGGGGACCUGGAGUGCUGCAUUGAGGUGGUGGACAGUGUCCAAGAGGCUAUUGAACAUAUCCAUAAGUAUGGAAGUUCUCACACUGAUGUUAUCAUUACAGAGAAUGAAAAAACAGCAGAGUUCUUUCUCCAGCAUGUGGACAGUGCUUGUGUUUUCUGGAAUGCCAGCACUCGAUUCUCUGACGGCUAUAGAUUUGGACUCGGUGCUGAGGUUGGAAUUAGUACUUCCCGUAUCCAUGCACGUGGACCAGUAGGAAUUGAAGGACUCUUGACUACAAAAUGGUUGCUGAGAGGGGACAGUCAUGUUGUUUCUGACUUCUCCGAGCAUGGCAGCAUGACGUAUUUGCAUGAGAACCUCCCUCUCCCACAGAGAAAUACCAGCUAGGAACAUGUAGGGGGAAAAUCCAGAAGUGUAAGUGUUUACUGAGGAUAUGCAGGCUUCACGGCACACUCUGGGAGGGAUAUGGUUCUUCAUCUUCAGAAGCAUUGUUUUUCAUCGGUGUUUAGUAUGAUGAAUACAAAAUGAUCCCAUCUGUGAGACUUUUUGCUUUUUUGCUAUCUGGAAGUUAACCUCUCUUCCCAGAGCCAUGCCCCUUCAAAACGUACAAAUGACACAAGGAAAGGUUUAAUUUCUGUGCAUUCUGUUUUUAUUGCUCUGUGUAGUAAAGUGUACGUACAAUAUGGUUGGUGGUGCACCAUAAAUUUCUUCUCAAGCCUUUCUGAUCUGUUCAAACAUCACUUGUCCUGGAGAACAAACCUGAUUAUUUUCUCUUCAGUCUUAAUGGUCUUAGUGGCUCUUGAAAGCUCUGAAGCUUUGACACGUACUUUUCCUUGUAUUUGAUCAUUCUAUGAUUAAUGGAAUAGAUCUUCCAAAUGCAUAGUAAUGUUUUGACCAAGAGAUCUUUUAUAAUGCAUUACUUUUAAUUGUUGACUACCGUAGAUGAGUAUCGCAGCUGUUCAUUAGGUGGAUUUUCUUACCCAUUUGUACUAAAUGGCUUUUCUCAUUGAUUUUAUAUAAAACAUAAUCCCCCUUCCCCUUCCACCCCCCACCAAGGAAGACUAUCUUAAAGCUGUUUUUCUGAAUAAAGUUAUUUUUAAAAUAUC